AUGAAGUCCCUCGUCCUGCUGACCCUCUUGGCCCUGCUCACCCUUGGCCUCUGCCGCAGAGCUGCCGACGGAUCCACCGGCACCAGGGACUCGCCCAGCUCCGAAGCCUUCGUCUCCAGACGCGCCAGUGCCGAGGUGGUGCGGAGACAGAAGCGGAAUUACGGCUAUGACAGCAGCGUCUAUGGAGCCCCGCGGGACCCACUGGAGGCCAAGCGUGAGGUGUGCGAGCUCAACCCCGACUGUGACGAGCUGGCUGACCAGAUUGGGUUCCAGGAAGCUUAUCGGCGCUACUACGGGCUGGUGUAG